AAAUAUCUUCCACUCCAGAUACAAGUGGAGAAAGCCAUUCUAUAAGGCAGAAAGAAGCCUAUGAGCCUGAUCAUAGUUCAGCAAUUUGUGCUGUUUUAGAAAGACCUCCUUUUAAAAAAAAACCACCUCACGAUGGUACGCGAACAGUAUACUACAACAACAGCAGGUACUAACUUAGAUAGACCAGAACCUCAGUAUAUCUACAAUGUUGGCAUUUAUGGCUGGAGAAAGCGUUGCCUUUACCUGUUUGUUCUGCUCUUGAUCAUCAUCAUAGUUGUGGAUCUUGCUCUGACAAUUUGGAUUCUUAAAGUGAUGUGGUUUUCCCCAAUUGGAAUGGGAUAUCUGCAUGUUCAAAGUGAAGGAGUUCGUCUAGAAGGGGAGUCAGAAUUUUUACAUCCUUUAUAUGCCAAAGAAGUUCAUUCUAGAAAGGACUCAUCACUACUUUUGCAGUCUGCUCAUAAUGUGACUCUAAAUGCACGCAAUGCUGAUGGGAACAUCACAGGCAGAUUAAGUGUGGGUCCUAACAUGGUAGAAGUCGAUGGUCAGCAGUUUCACAUCAACUCAGUGAAUCUUCCUGGGAAAAUGCUUUUUAUAGUGAAUGAAAGUGAGGUUAGAAUUGGUACCGAUAAACUUAGAGUCACAGGUCCGGAAGGAGCUCUUUGUGAACAUUCCAUAGAAACACCGCUUGUCACGACUGAAGGUGAAGAGCUUAGACUAGAAUCACCCACUCGGUCUAUGAGCAUAGAUGCUCCCCGGGGAGUUAAUAUUGAAGCACAAACUGGGGGUAUAAAAGCUCUUUCUCAUCUGGAUAUCAAGCUCCAUAGUCGUGAUGGCAUGCUUAAGCUAGAAGCCAAAGGCUUGCAACUGCCCGAUUUGCCUCAAGGAACAAAUGGAGAAUCUGGCACAUCUCAAAAACUCUAUGAAAUCUGUGUUUGCCCAGAUGGAAAGCUUUACUUAGCAAUUGCUGAUGUAGAGUCUACUUGUCAAGCAUAUAGUCGUGACUGUCAAUCAAGCACCUAAACACACCAUGUAUUCUCUGCCCAUCUUCUCCGUGUUUUGUAGCACUGAAGCAGGUUGUUAUUGGUAGCAAAGGAAUCAGUGAAAGCAAUGUGUCAUCCCUCUUUACUGAAAAGAGCAGAGGAAUACAACUUAAAAUAUAUGCUUCAAGAUAAUUCCUUGAAUCAAGCAACUGUGUGGAAGCAGCUGUCCUGAAACCUUAAGCAACCUUGGAAGUAAACCUUUCUGCUAAUACAGUUGUUUGUAGGUGUGUCUUCUUUACAGCACUUAAAUUAUUUAAAGUAGAACAAAAGUAUUGAGGGUGUGCCAGUGCACAGUCUUUGCCAUUUGUGUCUAGAAUCGAUACCCAUGAGCUAUAUGUGCUCAAGUUCUUCUAUCAAUAAAAGGGACAUUUUUUCCACCCAAGGUCUAAAACUAUCUCUGAGUUCAUGGAGGAAUACAUGGGAGGAGAUGGUUGCAGAAUGGCUUAAGCAAGCACUGGCACUUUGAAUUGAGCCCCAAAGUGUUUUAGGAAGCUAGUCACAUGUCUCCUAACUCAACAUUUUCCACCAGCUGAAGUUUCCAGAUCAUUUCGCAGGGCAACCCUACACCAAGCAUGUUUUAGUAAUUAAAUCUUCAGACAACCGCGGGGUGCGUAAUGAUGGCUAGAUGUUUAUCUGAAAGGCCACAGAUUACCCUCUGAAGCUGAGAAAAAACACUGGUAGUGUAGUGGCACAGCGGAAGAUUGGCGAGGAGUUCAGUGGUGUAACCCAUUCCUGCCUUCUACACAUGCUAAUAAUCAUAUAUCGUUUAUAAUCAUAUAUUUCUGCAUAUAGAAUGUUAAUUUCAGGCCUUUUCUCCUUGGGCCUUUCUAGAAGUGAACUAUGAAUGGCCCUGGCUUUCCCAGACCAGGUGCAGACUUGAUGUUUAUAUCUUGCCAAUUAGCACAGCUAGGCAUCAGCAAUGCUUCCCAAAAUAAUUGGGAAGGAUGAGAGACUUUGCCCAAGACACAGAUAACGCUUCCCAAAACAUCUAGGGAAGAUGAAUCAGGCUGUGUCCAGGGCUGGAAUGCACUUGGCAACCAAUCACACACUUGCUGAUAAGGAGGCCUAUCACUCCCUUCCUUUCCUGUUAGAUGAAAGGAAUGACAUGCCCAACUUUACACACACACAACUGAUGGGGAGGGGGCCUACAGCCUUUUCCAAGGACUGUACAAAGGUAUUAAAAAGGCACACAGACACCCUAAAGCUGGGAGUUCUGUGUAGGUCGAGGAAGCCAUGGCCGACGCUCCACACCCAUAGGGGCACUGAGGGUCGUUCAGUCCAUCUGAAUGGACUUCCCACAGACAAGGUCCCCAGCAGGGGAGGGAUGUAUGACUGUUCUUUAAUCUGUAAUCUUCUCUUUAUUCUAUGAUUCUCUUUUGACUUAUUACUUAAUUUCAUUUCAUCUGUAAUCCUCUUUAAACUAUUAUUGAGCUUUGCUUAAUAAAACCUCUGUUAUUUGA